UCAUUUUAUUGAAAUAUUGCUACAACAAUAAAAUAUACGCAUAUUUACAUUUACGUGUUCUUUUUGUUUUCGAAAACAUAAUUUUCGGUGUAAAAAGUGAUGUAGUGCGUGAGGUGGCGCGUGUUUGUCGGUAACGAUGUAAUUAUGUCUGAAACGAUGUUAACACUCGUUGUUACGAUCACGGGACUCGAUUCCUGAGCGUCGAAAAGGACUCCAAGAAACCAAAGUGUAAAAGUCGAGAAGACGAGAAUUUGAAAAAUGAUAGUAGAACAAAUCGAAAACGAAACAGACUGUAAUAUGCCACAAGGCUCCUGUUGGUCUACGGUGUUUUCUGGCUUUUAUUUAUUUCUUGCCAGGCAUUCAGGUCGGAGACGCGCAGCGGAAUCCGAAGAAGCAGUGAGGCGGCAAGGCGGCGGCAGGUCGUCACAAAGCCUGCACCGCGCCGCCACGUUUACCAUGUUCAACCUCCUCCUGCUAGUCUCUGUAUGUCUUUCGUCAACCACACACGCGUGUUCGAGUAGGUCGACGCCGAAACCGCGACCCUUACAGCCGACCGCACGGCCCAACAUCACCUUCCACACGUAUCCCUGUCCGUCGGUGUACGCCAAAUGGUAUUGUCUCAACGAGGCCACGUGUUUCGCCAUCAAAAUAGGCGAAUCGCUGCUGUACAACUGCGAGUGUACCGAUGGUUACAUGGGACAGAGGUGCGAGUUCAAAAAUUUGGACGGCUCGUAUACGACUGCCCGGCGACAAGUCAUGCUAGAGUCAGCUAGUAUAGCUUCGGGUGUCAGCGUGGCCGUGCUGCUGGUGUUCAUAAUUUGCACAACGUUUUACAUCAGGUCCAAAAGACAGCGAAAACUUAAGCUGAACGCUACAGACGUUUCAAUGGUAGACGGCAAAUGGACGGACGCGGAUAGGCGACCGUUUUCGUAUCGACCGAAACACACUAUCGUCACAAUUCCUUUGAAGACAGUAAUCACAGAACAGUCGACGCGUUCCACGGACGAUAGUUGUCACCCGGAGGAAAGUUCGCGACAAGAACCUUUGAUCGUAUGAUACGAUUACACUGAUUCCAAUAUUAUUAUUUUAUAUUCGUCGAUCCGCGCAGACGACCGGCGACGAUUUUCCGCUCCUCUUCGGGAGAUCAUUAACUACAUGUACUACGCGCGUGGCGCUGGACAAAAAGCCAUUGGCUCACAUUCACACGCCGUAUACACAUACACGUAAAAACCACCACAUACACAAUCACUCGAUGACGUCAUGAUAAGAGCUUACUCGGAGGAUUUCAAGCGAUGCGCGUGCCAGAGAAAAAAAAAAGAUAAAAAGAGAGAGCGAGCAAGAGCAAGAGCAAAAUUAAUUGUAACAAUAAUACACGUAAUGAUUAGAAAAGAAAAAUUGUUUUCCAUCCUACUCUCGUUUUUCGGAUUAAUUGUUAUGGCGCGCACGCGCAUCCGUCGUAUAUGCGACUCGAUGACGUUUAUACACUGACAUAAUUCGACUAGCCUGUUUUGAUAUUAAUUUUUGAUUAUAUUAAUGUAUUUUUUUCGUCAUCGUCGUCGCAGUUGUUCCUCUUCGGCAGCAUGUUUUCCUUGUAAUUUUCCCUUUCGUUUGCUGUCAUUCUCGCGAAAAUGUAUGGAGUGGCUUUAUA